AUGUCGACGGCGAGCGGCUUCGUGCCGUCCCUGCUUGGGGUCUUGGAGGGCCUCGCGGCGGCGCUGCAGCAUCAGCACCGGAGCGCGGGCGCGGCAUCGGACCGGCGCGCCUCGCAGACGACGACCGCAGACGUCUCCGCGAUGCUCAAGCACCUCCACGCCUUCCUCCUCACGAAUAUCUUCACUCCCGCGCUCAUUGCCGAUGCGUCGCAUAACGCGAGUGCGGCUUAUCUCCGCUGUCUCAUCCACCGUGUCCAGCUCGAUCUCUACGCGUUGCUGGUCAGUAGCGCCGAGUUCGCUAGUCUCUCUACGCGCCUUCUGGCUUCGAUGCUUAUCAAGCUGCUUGCGUCCAUCUCUCCUUCUUCUCCGCCUCGUCUUUUCUCGACUUCUUCAACUGCCCUCCCAGCCGGGGCCACGCGGCUGCCACCGUACCCGCCGGCGUCGGCCUCCAGAGCCUUUUCAGACCGUCUUUUCUCCGCCUCUGCGCUGACCCAACUGUCGCCGCUCGUUGUCUUUGAUGUCGAGAUCGAGGGCCAACGCGCGGUGAGGCCUCGGCCCGGGGAUGCGGCCGAGCCCUUGCGGGGUGUCCCUGGAGCCUUGGGCUCCACCGGCGCGGUCGGACUGUCUCCGGCGUCCGGGGGGGGGCCGGGGCCGUCGUUGCCCCAGGCCUUCGGCCAGCUUCCAGCGUUUUUCUUCACGACGUUCGGGGGCAACAUGGCGCUCUACAGUCCGCACCAGCUGCGGUCAUUCCUGUUUCUGCUCGCUGAGUUGAAGCCGGCAGAUCUCCUGGUCGCGAACGCGCAGAACUUCGUGGCGUGGUUGACCUUCUCGCCUGCGGAUGCCGUAGAGGACGCGUCUUUGGGGCCCGGGGCGGAGCGGCGGCGCGGGUUGGGCUCGGCCUUAGCUGGCCUGGUGCCUGGAGACCUCAACGAAGAGGAAGACGAUGAGGAUGACAGCUACCUCUACGGCGAGGGAGAGUUGCAGGCAGGAAGCAAAGGCGGCGGAGCCCACCGCGCGCAGCUUUUGCAGAAGCUCGCACAGGGGGAAAACGGCGAGGCACAGAGCACGCGGUACACGUUAUUUAAACUGUCGUCUGGCGCAGGUUCGUCGGCUUUCUCGGCGAUUUCCACGCGGCAUCGGCCUUCCUCUUUUUCUGCAUCUCGGUCCGGUCCGGACUCCUCCUCAGCGGGGCUGGCGGCUCCUGCGUCGUCUUCCUCUUCUAUCUUGACCUCGCUGUUUCCGUCCUCUACAGCUGCUCCCUUCGAUGCCCUGCAAGGCGGGAGUCGCGCGCCGGCGUCUGCGUUCUGUGCGUCUUCAGCGGCGCCUGACGGUCAGUCUGUCUUCGGUCUCGGAGGCAAAGCCGCAGCGCGAGCGCCGGACUCGAAGGAACCAGACCUUCUGCGUCUUUCGUCGCCCCAACUGGCGCGAGAAGCAAUCAAUCGUGGGCCGCUGCGCGCCUCCACGUCCUCGCCAGUGGCGGCGUCUGCAGCGGCAUCGCCUGCGAAUCCUGCCGCGGGCAAAGGAUUCUUCAUUUUUCCGCCGCCAGUGGGCUACGACGGCCCGCGCGCGAAGGCCCUCGUGGCGUCCUCCUCUUCCGCGUCGCGCACGCCCCCGGUGCCGCCUCUCGCGCUGCGGCAGCUCUCUCUCUCCUGUCUCCUUGUUCUGCUAGAGCGCUGUUUCUGCUCGUCGGAAGACGUCUUCUCCGUCGCCGGCAGGCACCGCGAUAUUCUCUGCGCGCCUCGAGACGAAGAAGAAAGCGAGUGCGCGCUCGGGCGAGGCGAAUGCAGUCACCUGUCGCGAGCCGAGGACGGGCGCGCGGGCGUGCCGCCGGACUGCCUUCCUGGCGCGCAGUCCGCGUUCUCACAGGGACAAGAGACUGCCGGGGAAGCAGGGGGUGCUCGCCGUUGUAUGUACACCUCAGGGGUAGAGCGUGGAGACUGGGAAGGCGACGCCGACGCGAGCCCUGCGCCGCGCGCGUUGGAUCUCAGUGCAGGCCCAGCGCUGGCGCGGCGCCGCCGAUGCCAAAAAGACUGGUGGUUCCUCACGCUCAGGCGCCUCAUCAGAAGAGUCGAAAACUGGGGGAUUCGCCUGCUCCUGAACGCGCAGCGAGACGCGCAGCGCCAAGAAGACGAGGGCCGCUGGAGUCUCCUCAAGAACCUGUGGCGCGGCGACAAACCGAAGGUCGUCCUGGAGGCGGACGGGAAGCCCAGCCGGGAGAUGUUCACCUGCUUGUGCGUCGUCGAGGACUUCUCGGAUGAACAGCAGAUGAGCAUUCACUUCUUCUCCGCUCUCUACGCAUGGCUCGUCACCAUCUACCACCGUCAGAUCACGCUGCAAAGGCAGAAGCAAAUCGGCGAGGAGGCGGUCUUCAAGCUCGUUCACUUUGGCUUCCUCCCGCGCUCGGCGCUAGCGCCCCCGGCGACCCCCGCAUAUGCGGCCGUGCCCCCCCGUUCCCGCGAAUCAGUCUCUCCCAGCAUUCGCUCUGCGCGCUUCAGCGCGGCUCGCGAAGACGCGGAGAUCGAGGAGGGGGAAGAAGACGCAGAGGAGGAGAGCGAGGGCGACGACGAGCGGCGGGAGGGCGCAGGGGCGAUUGAGGCCGGGCACGACGCCAAGGACGUCCAGGACAUGGUGCAGCGUCUGCUGGAAAUCACAAAGAGCUUCGAUGCCGAGAGAGGCGUCCUGGCGCGGAUGCACACGGCCGAGGCGGCGCCAGACGGGCCAGAAGGCGUGCCAGAGCGAGAGGCGUCUGGUAAGAGCCAGACGAUCGAGCCCGACGGAGACCCGAGAGGCCCUGCGGACUGGGGACGCCCGUCACCCUCGCACGAACCGUACCUCGAUCGGCGGCUGGAGGCGGGCGCGGAGCCUCGAGACCUCGCGCGCGAUUUCGUAGCAUCGACUCGCGCGGCGUCUGCUGUGCCCCCCCCCAACGCGCCGCGGUGCCGAUCGCUGUCACCGUGUUUCGCAUCGUGUCACUCUGCUACGUCGUCCUACUCCUCCUCUGCUUCCGGUCUUCCCUCAGUCUCGAAGUCCGUGUCCUCGUCCGUUGCAGCCUCUGUUGCUGAGGCCGCGGUGUCGACGUGCGUCGCGCCUCGCGCCCCUGCCUCCAUUCAGCUGAACCGGCGCUUUCUCUCCGCGCUUGCGACUUACUGUCUGCGUCUUCUGGCGCAGGUUGAACGCCAACAGAACCUGUAUUUCCAGCAGCUGCUGCAGCUGCGCGAGCGCGCUGAGAAGGCCGCGGCGGCGUCCGCGCUGGGCGGGUCGUCGCUGCAGCCGUGGAGCUUCCUGGCUCGGCCGGCGGCCUCGAAAAGCCGGAAGAGAGAGAAAAGAGGCGCGGAAUUCCUCGCGCGUCUGCUGACCGCAGCAGGCGCGGAGAACGACGACGAGCGCCAAGAACUUCGUUCCGCGUCGCUCUUCGCCCGCGCGGCGCUGAGCGCAGGCCUCGGGAGGGGAGGGGCGCUUGCGGGAACAGAGGGGUGGGCGGAGGCGACGUCGGGUGGGAAGGGCGAGCGCGUGAACGGCAGGGGCGGUCAGACACGGAGUCCCUUCACCGACGGAGUGGUGAAAGUCGGCGGCAGCCAGUACUGGAGCCUGGGGCAGCACGCGGCCAUUCCCGAAUCCGUGUGGGAGCUGCAGAUGGCUGAUGCCGUCGGCGCGGAGGCCAUGCGAAUCCUAGAUCUCGUCUGCCGCGCGGACGCAGAAUACGUCUCCGCGGUCUUCCCGGCAAUCAAACGCGUCUGCGAGCGUCUGCUUUCCGGAGGCGGCUUGCACCUGUUCACCUGCGUCUUCCACUUUUAUCUUCAUCACUACCCGCACCAGCUUUUCUCGCUCGACAGCUUCGUGCAGCAGUACGUUGCGCACCUGGGCCUUCACUACCGCUCGGUUCUUCUGACCAUCAACGCCCUCACCUUCCUCAACAACAACCUCCAGGCACUGGUCGUCAAAACCAACAUCUUCACGAGGUAUUUCCCGGUGAUUUUCAAGUUGGUCGCCUACCACCCGCGCGCCGCAGGCAGCCUUCUUUUUCCGCUCCUCCCCGCAAUUGUGGGCCCCGACACGGUGAUGGAAGUUCUACACUCGCUGCUUGACCUUCCGCUGACGGCGUCCUUUCUCGAGCGCUUUGAUCAAGAGGGAGCCGCAGCGGCCUCCUUGUUCGCCUCGUCCUUCUUCGCCUCCUCCAAGGAAGUCUCCGCUGGAGCCCUGUCCCUCGCCGCGCAAGCCGCCGCGACCGCCUGCGACCGCACCUGUCCCUUCCUUAAGGCCCUGAAGGCCUACCUCCUGCGGAACGAAGCAGGGGGACGAAGCGUGAUAUGGGAGAGCGACGAAAGCGAAGAAGUUCUGGUCAACUUGCAGGUGCUGUGGAGGAGACUGCCUAUUACCUCCCGCCUCUCGGCCGUCUGCAAGAUCGUCCCCGGUUGUCUUCAAGUCUACUUCCGCAUCGUGCUCAAUGAUGCGCCACCGUACUACGCGGAGAAAGUCCUCCGCGUGCUCCUUGAGCGUUUCCUCAUGCUGUGCCCGGUCGAGUUCUACAUGGACGCGCUGAAUCGCCUCUUUCUCACGAUGAUUCUCCAGAUUUUUAAUCGCUACCCCAUCUUUGUCAUUUCCCUGCGCACGCAGAUUCUUCAGGCCGUCUACCGACACCUGACGGUUCGCGGCGCUCUGCUUGCGCGCCACCUCUGCUGGGUGAUGGGCGAGUACGCCUCGCCGCACCUGCUCACGCCCUCGGAGCUCUCUCGCUGGGAGCGCCCGUGUGCGGCCGAGCCGGAGGCGAGCGGCUUCUCGGCCUUGAGAAAUCUCCAAGGCGCGCACGCAGGCGAGGCCGCCUCCUCCCUGCCUGUGGUGGUCCGGCGCGCGGCGUCUUCCAAGACGGGCGCAGAGCUGUUUGCAGGCUUUUUCGAUGCCUUAGAGAGCCUGGCCUACGAAGCGACGGCUUCGGUUCGACCUGCGUCUUCGACUCUGGCGUUUGGCUCCUCGCCCGCGGGCGGCUCGGGCGAUCCGCUGUCUUUUUCAAGGCCCGCCAGGGGGGGGCCUCUACCCCCGUCGUCCCCCUCGGCGUUCUGGCGUCUCCGAGCAGGCGCGGCAGGUUCGGGCGCCUUGGGCGCCGCUCCGGCACGCGCCGAAGGCGUCGCAGGCGUGUCUCCGCCGGGGGCUACCGGCGCCGAGGACGCCGCCAGGCUCGGGCGGGAAGGCGAGGCCUGGGGACAGUCCGCAUCCGCCCCGAACGGGCCUGGCCGGCCUGAGGAGAGCGCGCGGGGGACACGCGACGGAAGUCGCCAUGACGCAAACCUCGGAGUGUCCAGCGAGGAAGAAGACGAGGAGACAGACAGCGAAGACAUGUCGGAGUUGGACACGAGUGACGAGCUCUCCCUGAGCAGCGACGAAGAGAGAGAGCGAGAAGAAGGGCGUCGCAGAGGCGAGUCUGCCACGCUCAGCUCACUGCCAGCGGACGCGCAGACAGCGCCCGACCAGGAAGAGCUGCGCCUCGUCUUUACGCCGUGCUUCGUCUGCGUAGUCGUCACAGCGAUGACAAAGUUCGCGCUACGCUAUCCUGCUUUCAUGCCGAGGGUCGUCUUGUGCUUCUCCAAGCUCAGUCGCUGCUUCUCUUCAGGGGAGUACGCUAGUGUCCGCGAACGCGUGCAGACAUGUCUACACUUGGCUUCAAAGUCUUCCGCCUGCGCGUCCAUUCUUCAAGCCCGCGUUCCGUCGCCCAUCGCGUCUUUGGGGCCGCCGCCGGUGAGCUUCGACGCCGACGGCAUCGAGCGCGUGUGUGUCUUCUGCAGCUUGAACUCUGUGCGCAUAGCCCCCCUCCAGUCGCUCACUCAAUACUGCCACACUCCGUACAACUUUGUCCCGGGCCCGCGGCUGCACCUAUUCGAGCUACCGGGUUACCCAGUGGAUGGCACGCCUGACAGCCAGGAAAUCGAGUCGCGGAUGGCGCAGUAUCUGUUCGCUGACCAUCCGCAGGGUGUUCGACAGACGCGGCACAUGCGAAUUUCCCCUUACUCUGGAGCGCUUCCCGAAGCGGAAGUUUUCGCGUUGCAGGAUCAGGGACUCGCAAGUUCACCUGGAGAGGUGACGGCAAGCCUGGGCGGCAGCCCGGGCAACGAUACGCUGCCGCAGAGGGGCGUUUCUCCUGGCAUGAGCUCGCUGGCGCAGAACAUAUCCGCAUCGUGGGACAUGGCCUCGCAUGAGCACACUGUCACAUGGGAACACGCAAGGAAAAGCAUGGCUUUUGUCGAUGACAGCGGGGGGCUCUGGUCACCACUGACAAGUCGGCCCGGGGGGGAGGAAGCAGCAGAUGAGGGUAUCCCGGGUUCGUUGUUCUCUCAGCCGUCUGUAACAGAGAUGCUGCUUCGACGUCAGAUACACCAAAAGGACAGCGUGCACGACUGA